CUGAUCUGUUUUGACUUCCAGGGAUUCAAAAGUCUUCUUUUCUAGUUUCUACUCUCCCUUCGCAGCUCCGCCUGCGCUUGGAUGAACUUAACGUCGCCGGAAAAUGGGCGGAGGAGAUGUCCGGAAAACCGCGAGAAACAGAAUCAAACCGACUACCAGCAGUGUAUCCAGAGAAGAUCAUCGCGAACUUCGUAACCGGAAGGGUUUGCGGAGGGAAAGAGGCAAAGAUCAACUUCGCAUUUUAGAUGUUAAUUUCGUUCUUCUAGGGUUUACUAUCGUGUCGUCAUUGGUCGCCCUGUUUUUUCUCUACCAUUUCGUUCAGUUCUCCGAUGCAGACGAUCAAUUGCCAAGGGUUAUCACACCGUUUCCUGCGCCAAAAAUCAUGGACCUUGAGAUGUUUCAAGGAGAUCAUAAGGAGAGCUUAUAUUGGGGAACAUAUCGUCCUCAAGUUUAUUUCGGUGUCAGAGCCAGGACUCCAGAAUCUUUGGUUGCUGGAUUGAUGUGGCUUGGUAUAAAGGACGGACGAUAUUUUAUGCGACAUGUCUGCCAAGAUGCAGAUGAUCUUCAAACAUAUGGUUGGAAUAAACAUAAUGGAAGAGACUAUGGACAUCAGGUUCUAAUUGAUCACGGGAUGACAUUGACCACAAGUUUCUUGAAAUCCAAGGUAGAUGGAAGUGGCUAUGGAGGAGACUGGGCUUUUCGAGUUGGAGUGCAAUCUGAAAAAUUAAGUGAAGAAAUGCCAGAUGCUGCACAUCUUUUCUUUUAUGUGGCUGAUGAGGGUGAAAAUGCUCUGAGCUUAGGUAGAAGUGUUACAGAAAUUCAUGAGAAGUCUCUGUUGGCAUUUGGAUCACGAUCAGAUGUCAGUGAUUGGGAGUUACACUUAAAAUCAAUGGAUGAUUUUGAAAUCCACCAUGUUGGUCUCAAGACACCUCACAUUCACAAUCUCUCUGAUAUGGUCCAAGGAAUUCUUGCACUACAAGCAAGAAACUAUGGCCAUUUGGAGCUUCCAGACACAUCUGAAGAUUCUGCUAACAUUUUAGUUUAUCAGAUCUCUGCUAAAACUCCUUUCAAAGCAGACAUUGCUUUUGUAACUGGAACUGAUAUUGAUGAUGCUGAAAUCCAAGAACGUGUCAACAGCCUCACUGGUACAUCACUUACUAGUCAUCUUCAAAAGAAGGAAAAUGAAUUUGAUGAUAAGUUCAAUAAAAUCUUUAAUCCAUCAGACAAGCUUGAUUCUGAAUCUAUGGAAGUUGGUAAGGCUGCUAUUGGAAAUCUAUUAGGAGGGAUCGGAUACUUCUAUGGCCAAUCAAAAAUAUUGUUUCCACAACCCUCUAAGCAUAAAUCUGGUGGUGAUUCUGUAUUAUAUUGGCCUGCUGAGCUGUACACUGCUGUUCCGAGUCGCCCAUUUUUUCCUAGAGGAUUUUUAUGGGAUGAGGGUUUUCAUCAACUAUUAAUCUGGCGAUGGGAUAUGCAUAUUUCCUUGGAUAUUAUUGGACACUGGUUAGAUCUUAUGAACAUUGAUGGUUGGAUUCCACGUGAGCAAAUUUUAGGAGCUGAAGCUUUAAGUAAGGUGCCUGAAGAAUUUGUUGUUCAACGCCCGAGUAAUGGAAAUCCGCCAACAUUGUUUUUAGUCUUACAAGAUCUGGUUUGUGGCCUGAUGAAAAUCAAGUUUUCUGCAACAGAAAGCAAGGAGAUUUCUGCCUUUUUUGAACGAUCUUUUGGUCGUUUAGAAGCAUGGUUUCAAUGGUUUAAUACAACACAAUCAGGCCAGCUUAAAAGCAGCUAUUACUGGCAUGGAAGAAAAGAGAGUCAAACCAUCUUUGAACUAAACCCAAAGACAUUAUCUUCUGGUUUGGAUGAUUAUCCACGUGCGUCACAUCCAAGUGAAGAAGAACGCCACCUGGAUCUCAGAUGUUGGAUGCUUCUUGCAGCCGAUUGCAUGCACUCCAUCUCAAAUCAACUUAUCAACAAACAAGAAUCCACCAACUUAUAUGGGGAGACAGCCAACCUACUUGCUGAUUUUGAUCUUCUCAAUAAGAUGCACUUUGACAAAGAGUAUGGUGCUUAUUUUGAUUAUGGAAAUCACACAGAAAAGGUUCGAUUAAGAAGACAACUAGUGGAGAAAAAUGGGAAACCCCCAAGUCUAGAGCUUGUCAGAGAAGUUUUAGAGAAACCAGAAUUAAGACUGGUUCCACAUAUCGGAUAUGUCAGUCUUUUUCCCUUCAUCUGGAAGAUCAUUCCAUCUAACUCAUGGAUUCUAGAAAAACAACUCCACAUUAUUUACAACACCAGCACUUUGUGGACCGACUUUGGCCUGCGAUCCCUCUCUAAAACAAGCUCGAUGUACAUGAGGCGCAAUACGGAGCAUGACCCAGCAUAUUGGAGAGGCCCAAUUUGGAUGAACAUGAAUUACUUAAUUCUUUCAUCCCUACAUCAUUAUUCAAAAGAGGAAGGGCCAUAUAGAGAAAGAGCCGAGUUAAUUUACAAAGAGUUGAGGGGCAAUCUGAUUCGGAAUGUGAUGAACAAGUAUAAGGAGACGGGUUAUUUAUGGGAACAGUAUGAUCAGAAAAAGGGAAGUGGGAAGGGUGCACACCCUUUUACUGGUUGGACUUCGCUGCUGGUCUUAAUCAUGGCAGAAUCAUAUACUCAAUGUUGACACAUUUUUUUGCAGUUUUGACUUGGGACUAUUUAUUUACUUGUAACAUGAAGACGAAAAAACAAUCGUUUAAGCAGUUUCUAAGUCUAAGGUAUUAGGGGAGACAAAUUCAUAU